UGUAGAUCUUACAGUCCGCUGGGGUGGUUCUAUUGUCGCGAGACUACACAAAACCACUGUGCGGAAUUUCCUCUGUUCAGCUUCACAUAGGGAACUGGAUAUCAUGGCCGAGAUGUGUCUUCGUUGUUCUGUAACCUUUCCCAUUGACAUUGUAAGGUUACGACAGUAUUCAUCUUUACCGUGUCUAUUGUAAGCGGCGUGGGACAUUUUUAUCUGGUAAGUUUAAACUAAAUUUUACGUGUUAGAUCGUGUUUUUCAUUCUAUCAUCACCAUUACCCAGGCAUCAUGAUCGCUCGCUAGCUAGCUGGGAAUUGUCAACCCCACGAAUUUGAGAAUUCUCAGCUACUCACUAGCUUGCUGUCUGCUUCGUAUAAUGCAAUUGAAAGUGUAUAUUGUUGUAUUCAGGCUUUACAAGCAGUUUUUGGUCGCUCAGAACCGCUAAUCAAUUCCACUCGCUGUGUCAAUUAUCACCGGUCUACGCCGUCUGACACGUAAAUCGAUAAGAAAUGUAAUGGUGUGCCAUAUUCACAAGUGGAAACCUAGUCAGUUGCACAACUGAAUGCAUUCAACCGAAAUGUGUCUUCCGCAUUUAACCCAAUCAGAGAGGCUGCCUUAAUCGACAUUUUGAACGGCGCCCGGGGAGCAGUUGUUGGGGGGGAUUAACUGCCUUGCUCAAGGGCAGAACGGUAGAACCUUGCCGGCUCGGGGAUUCGAACAAGCAACCUUUCAGUUUCUGUCCCAACUCUCUAACCGCUAGGCUACCUGCCACACAGAACUAUACAGCCAUAUACUGUGCUGUUCUGAUGAUGUAGGCUAUUAUCUGUUCUAGUUUAGAGCUGUUGUUCUGAACAUGGCCUCAGCCACAGACCACCUGACUGGCAUUUCCUCUGCUUAUUGCUCUAUUUUGGUUCCUUUCCAGGCCUGUACUCCUAUGCCUGUCCCACAAUGCUUUGUCAGUGGGCCUCAAUGUCUGAGAGUGAGCCAGAUAAACCCAGCAUAUUUUAGUGGUCAUUAACUUCAUUCAGCUCUACCCCCCCCCCAUUUUAGCGGACCUCCUUCUACACAUUUUUGCCAUGGCGCCAUGUAUAGAGAAGAUCUUGCAAUUUCAUAACUAAUUUCAUGCAAUUCUACUCAUUUUGGCAUUGGGCAGAGAUAAAUAUUUGCAGUUUUACAGCUAAUAUCCUGCAAUCCCACAUAUUUUGCCAUAAGGGGGAAGUUGAUCAUCGGGCCUAAAGGGGGUUGGACCGCCAGUUGCCCAUCUCUGCUCUAUAGAAUCGAACACAGCCUACAGUUCAGGUCGUGUUCUGCAGUGAAGAUUUUGGCCUCCCUGGCACAUUUGUCCAGACUGCUUUCUCAAAUAGCACGAGAGAAUAGAGCACUAAAACAGAACACAACACCAUAUCAGCUGCCAAGUAGCGAAACAUUGACUCACCCCAGCGGCACAAUGCUUUCAAUAAAUCAUCUGUUACUCUUGUUUUGACUAAGGUUGCUUGCUGUCAUUGGCCACUGACUCAAGCAUGCACCUGGAAGUUUUCCCAUGAUCAUCUGAUAUUAGUUCUCUGAAAUGAGCAUGUAUACUGUACAUUUUAAUUACAAAUAAAAUAGGUUGUUCUGUGUUGUCGAAAUCCGAUAUUCAACAUAUUCUCUUCCUCCCCUGAAGGUCCAGUCCAAUCUUUCCAGUCAGGUUGGAUUAAUCUGAACAUUACCCCAUUGUCAGCCGUAACAGAGACGGCCUUCUGCAACAAUGUCCAGGUCAGGAGAUAUACCAGGUAAGGCUGGGGGGCAGUGAGAGUGGGCAUUAUAGUGUUGUGUACUUGUUUUAAAUGGUGAUGGUAUAUGUAAACAUGUGCUUCCAACACAUAUAACUCAUAUUUUCAUGUAUUUUGAGUCCAUUUUGGGUGAUUUUAGAGUUUUAAUGCUUGUUUUAAGACUAAUGCUUCAACAUUCCCCCCUCAGCUCUGGAGUCUGGGACCUCAGAGGAGCUCCUGGGAGGCAUGUCCCUACCCAUUGGCAUGACCCGCCGUGCCAUGAACUAUGAUGACAACAUGGAGGCGCCUAUGUCGCCGCCUCCCUCUGACAUCAACAUCAACAACCUGUGGGCAAGGAAGCCCGUCAUCCCAGCCAGGAGGUUCCGUCAUCAGGCUGAGGUAGAUAUCACACUCUUCCACUGCUCUCCAGCCUCACAGUUCAGAUGGUGCUGUGUCCGUCCAUCAGGGAAGGCUGCUGAGGGGAUGACAGCUCAUAAUAAUGGGUGGAACAGAGCAAAUGGAAUGGUAUUAAACACAUGGUGUUAGAUGUAUUUGUUACCAUUCUACCUAUUCUGCUCCGGCCAUUACCACGAGCCCGUUCUCCCCAAUUAAGGUGCCACCAAACCUCCUGUGCCGUCAGUAUUCAUAAAGCGUCUUGGAGUCCCCCCAUCUAUGUAAUCUUAUUCAUUAUGAUCUAAAAGGCAAAACUGAUCCUAGAUCAGCCCUCAUACUCUGACACGCUUUAUGGAUAUACAGUAUUUACAUAAUAUCACAUUUACAUAAGUAUUCAGACCCUUUACUCAGUACUUUGUUGAAGCACCUUUGGCAGCGAUUACAGCCUCAAGUCUCCUUGGGUAUGACGCUACAAGCUUGGCACACCUGUAUUUGGGGAGUUUCUCCCAUUCUUCUCUGCAGAUCCUCUCAAGCUCUGUCAGGUUGGAUGGGGAGCAUCGCUGCACAGCUAUUUUCAGGUCUCUUCAGAGAUGUUCGAUCGGGUUCAAGUCCGGGCUCUGGCUGGGCCACUCAAGGACAUUCAGAGACUUGUCUCGAAGCCACUCCUGCGUUGUCUUGGCUGUGUGCUUAGGGUCGUUGUCCUGUUGUAGGCCUGAUCACAGACAACGAUGAGACAGCCUAUAGGGAGGAGGUCAGAGACCUGGCCAUGUGGUGCCAGGAUAACAACCUCUCCCUCAACGUGACCAAGACAAAGGAGAUGAUUGUGGACUACAGGAAAAAAAAGAGGACUGAGCACGCCCCCAUUCUCAUCGACGGGGCUGUAGUGGAACAGGUUGAGAGUUUCAAGUUCCUUGGUGUCCACAUCACCAACUAACUAUCAUGGUCCAAACACAUCAAGACAGUCGUGAAGAGGGCACGACAAAGCCUAUUCCCCCUCAGGAGACUGAAAAGAUUUGGCAUGGGUCCUCAGAUCCUCAAAAAAUUAUACAGCUGCACCAUCGAGAGCAUCCUGACUGGUUGCAUCACCGCCUGGUAUGGCAACUGCUUGGCCUCCGACCGUAAGGCACUACAGAGGGUAGUGCGUACGGCCCAGUACAUCACUGGGGCCAAGCUUCCUGCCAUCCAGGACCUCUAUACCAGACGGUGUCAGAGGAAGGCCCUCAAAAUUGUCAAAGACUCCAGCCACCCUAGUCAUAGACUGUUCUCUCUGCUACCGCACGGCAAGCGGUACCGGAGUGCCAAGUCUAGGUCCAAAAGACUUCUCAACAGCUUCUACCCCCAAGCCAUAAGACUCUUAAACAGCUAAUCAUGGCUACCCGGACUAUUUGCACUGCCCCCCCCCCCCACCCCCACCAAGGACUGCAACUUUGCUGGGUUUUUCACGCUCAACAGUUUCCCGUGGGUAUCAAGAAUGGUCCACCACUCAAAGGACAUCCAGCCAACUGUGGGUAGCAUUGGAGUCAACAUGGGCCAGCGUCCCUGUGAAAUGCUUUUGACACCUUGUAGAGUCCAUGCCCCGACAAUUUGAGGCUGUUCUGAGAGCAAAAGUGGGGGAGUGCAGUGAUCCAUUGGUGUGUUUAUUUGUUUAUUUCUUGUUUUAAAGGAGGAUGAAUCUGGAAAUGCCCUGACCCACGCUGCCACUUUUGACCCUGGCCACAGGCGACAUAUGCCAGUCGUGGUGAAGGCCAAAGCCUCCUCCAUCAUCAUCAACUCUCUGAUGACCAGUAAGACUACCGUGAUCAUGAAUGAUGGUUACUAUGUUAUUUGAGUGUAUUAACCUCAGCAUGACCUCUUCAAAUCCUGCUGCUCAUUAAUGGAACACUGAUUAGCUUUUAUUUUAAUUGUAAUUAAGCUCGUAUUGGGAAAUGCUAGGCUGUCUGUCUCCUCAGCGGAGAAACACGUCCUCCUUUAUUUAAUACAGUAUGUUGUCUGUUUUUCCAGAGCAAACCCAGGACAGCAUGUACAGGUUUGAGCAGCAGGCUGGGCUGAGAGACACUGGCUACACGCCCCAUAAGGGCCUCACUGCUGAGGAGACCCGCCACCACCACCGCAUGCCUGACUCAUUCCAUGUGAGUCUUUUAUUAUCAGGGAGUCAGAUAAUUAUGAACAGAAAAAUAUACAUCAUAUUUUUAUUAACUGUAUUUUCCUCGAUGAUUGGUUUGAUAAAGCAUCAACAAAGUGAAAUCAAUGAAUGCUCAAAUGCUCAGUUAACAAUCUAUGUCAAAGAGGAGUGAUUCAUGAUAUUUUACUGUUAAUAAUAUUCAUCACACCAUGUUUAUUUUUUCCUUGUUGUAUUGCCUGUAGAAAAUGAACGUUCAAAGUGUGGACAUGGGAGCAGGACAUAAGGAAGGACAUGAGGACAAGCAAACAUCAUCUGCUCAGUCCACCCCAAAUAGCACUCCUCAGAGCUCACCCAAACAGAACCGCAGGUAAGUGCAACCAUGUCCUCAUUACCAGCUGUUAAUGCAAACAUGCUGUACUUUGACCCAGGACACCAAAUGCAUGUGCCCUUACCCACCUUAUCUAUAUGAGCAUGGGUGUAUUGUUUGUUCAGCUGUGACUGUGAAGUGGUUGACUCUGGUUUUUCUCUGUGUUCCUGGCAGGGGCUGGUUGACCAGCCAGAGUUCGACGGCGUCUGUCAGUAGCUCAGACCUCAGUACCAGCUCUAACACCAGUGUGGACAUGGGUGCUGGUGAGGGGGGAGGAGCAGUCGAACGCUGGGGUAUCUUUGGACCACGUCCAGUUGUUCAGAAAUCCACUACCGACCCAGGUCCUGACCACAUGAUAAAUGGGUUUUGGGGAGGGUGAUAUUUUACAUGUUUUCAUUUUGGUUCCUCUAAACUGUAAUCCUGUUGAUAGAUUGGCUCAAUGUUCUUUGAUGUGAAUUACACAUGAAUAAGAUUGUUUUUACAUGGUCGUGUACUAGAUCAGUACACUUGAUUUUUCCUUGUGUAUCAGACAUCCUUAUUUAUAGUGAAUUUAUGCAUUUAACAAAUUAUUAUUUUAUGAGGUGUUCAUAGAGUCAAGGUUGAGUUUCAGUCAUAUUGUCAUUGUCCUCCUAUCUAAGACCAGUCCCGUGUUUUCUCUCCAGGGGGUUUUGCUCUCCAGUCGUACCGCGGGGCCCAGAAGCCAACCCCCAUGGAGGUGAUGAAGGCCCAGGCCACUCGGCUGGCUCAUGACCCUGCUGUUAACCAACAGGCCCCUCCCAAGAUGGAGAUCCCCACCACGGAGGGCAGUAGACCAUCAGCACGGCCGCACAAACUCAAACCUCGAGACAUUAAUAUCCUCACACCCUCAGGUUUCUGA